AUGAACGCACGCGGGCUGUCGCAGCUGGUGGAUCCCGAGACGGUCAACACACUCGAUUUGAGGUUCUCUGCUCAUCUCUUUGGUCACACGUCGAGGGCAUACCAUUCAGGAGCUGGCGAACUGCUGACGUGCGACGAAUGGUCACUCCGUGUCUGGGAUCUCCGUCAUCAUGUUCCGCUUCGUUCGGUCCGGCUGGAUCGGGAGGCUGUUAAGAGCGUCACCUUUGCCUGCUUUCUCCCUACGCAUGGUGUGUAUGCCCUCAUCUACAACUCAAACUGCCUCACUAUCCUGGAUCAGGAUCUGGUCCCGGUCACAUCGCUCUCACUCGGCGCCGGGAGCGUCGUCGGCAUGGCCGCCCAUGAAGAGCGCGGCGAGCUGGUCAUCUCCACAAACAACGGCCAGGUACGGGUUGUUGGCUUUGUGGCCGUCGUCGACAGAACCACCGGCGAGUUUGCUGUCUUUCGCCUCCGCGAGCUUGCCCGCGCCGUGCUGCCGGGCAUCGAGUGGCUCGCUGAGCUCCACAUCGACACCGACGGCGGCCGGGUGCUUGGACGCUGCGGCCGUACCAUUGUCAUUAUCGACUACACCGAACUGGUGCUUGUCUCGACCCUGGAUCGCCUCUCCUCCUACAUCCGCUCGUGGACGCCCAUGCCGCUCAACGUCGUCGAGUGGGAGAGCUUUGAAGGCCACACCGGGCGCAUCAACGCGCUCCAGGCUGCCUCGUCGCUCGACUGUAUCAUCUCGGCUGCAGCCGACGGCACCGUCCGGCUUUGGGACCUCGACUCGGCCGGAUGCAUCUCAAAGGUCCACACCUCGUAUCAGGUAUCGUCACGGUCUAGCGCGGCGCAGCGUCACAACGCCAAACGGAUGUCCGAGGCCAACGAGUCUGCUGCAGUGCGCGCCCGGGAACGCAAGCUCCAUGUCACUGGAGGCGCCACCGAGGCGGGCGCAGGAAGCCUUGAGUCGCUGACCGAGCUCGAGCCCGGGUCCGACGGCCAGCCCCCGGGCGCCUCGGCUGGCUCAGCGCACCUGUACAACAAGCCGCCACACGCCCUGCUCUUUGUUGAUGACGAUGCGCUGGACGUCUACGCCCGCACCAUUGUGGUUUUCUCCGAAAACGUCAUCACUCUCAUGCACGUCUUUGAGCAGCCAGUGCUCUUUGCUCAGCUGCCGUGGCGUGCCACGGGCAUUUCGUGGAUUCCGCCCGUCGAGCUUCCACCAACAACGCCGACCGACGCGCUCAACGCGUCGUUGCCGGCGCUCGCGGCUUCGCUCCGCAGCUCGAUUGCCUCGAUCCAAAAGACAGGCCCCAGAUCCAGCUCACCAGACAAGGCUGGCGGCGGCAGCAUUGAUGACCCCCAGCUUGCGGCCGCUCUGGCAGUCCUGGCGCGACUCGCUGUCAAGGGCCAUUUUGUCGCGCUUUGUGGCGACGGUAAGAUCCGCGUCCUCGACGCCGAGUCGUGCGAGCCAGUCAAGGCCUACUCGUUCUUCGACCUGGCUGAAAUCCGCCGAAUCGCCGCUCAGGAGGAGGCUCUGCUGACUGCACAGGCGCGCCCGUCGGCGGAGCAAGCGGCCACUGUCCGCCGACAGCUCAAUCAGUCGUACGCCGCCUACGCCAAGAAGCGGCUCAACUCGGACUAUGUCUCGCGGCGGCGCCGGAGAGCAGCAGACGCUGCUGUCGACGUCGAUGGCCUUGACGGUGUUGCCAAGGCCUCAUACAUCUCCAAGCAGCUUGGCUUUCAGUUCUCCGCCGCAAGUUCUGCUCUCGAUCGCGAGGGCGAGGUCGGCCUUGUUGGCGAUGUGCUUCAUGUUGAGCGGGUGCAGCAAGCCAAGCAAGAUGUGGAAGCCGCCAGCUUGGCAGCAUCCGCGGCGGCGAUCGCCGCCACCAAGGCGCUCUUUACGCCGUCGUCUCAGCUGCUAGUCGUCGGCUUCUCCGACGGCCAUCUCGAGGCCAUCGAUUGCGAGGUGCUUGGCGAGCGAGCUAUGCAGACGGAUGGCAGAAAGCAGCCGCCGCUUCCUCGCGCUCGCGUUGGUCAAUGCGAUGAGGAAGUGCUGCGAGCCGCCGAUACUUUGGUGUACUCGGCGCCGCAGUGCUCAAGCGAUGUAGUGGCCAUGAUGGAGAUUCCGUCAUCGAUGAAGCACUGCAAGAGCUGCCGGCGGAUGUGCGAGGCAGCCAAGGCGACAGUGGUGGCCCAAGCGCUGGUGGAGAAUGCGGCCGGUCGGAUCAACUCUGUGCCAGACCUGCGCGUGCCUGCAGCGUCUCCGGCAGAGAUCCGUGCCCAGCUGGUGGCCCUCCUUCGCACGUUGCACGCCGAGGCGCCGGUGGUGGCCAUUCCUGGGAGUAGCGGGCAGUCGGUGCGAGAGAUGGUCGACCCGAACUACAUCGAGUCUGACGUCGCGGUAUUCCACCAUCUCUUCGCAGAAGUCGAGCUGUGGAACAUGGAGUGGGCGUACUUUGCGGCUGCCACCAUCGACGGCGGAUUUGGCGUCUGGUGCUCGGUCUGCCGGUCGACGCUCAAGGCUGGGUCGAUCUUCUCCUCGCGGACCGUGCUCCUUGAAUACUUGCCUCGGCGGGAGGCGGUUGUGCUGGCGUCGGCCAACGGCGUAAUCAAGGCACUCACGCUCGAUAGCUUGAUGCCUGCCGGUGAGUUCCACAUCCGGAUUGGCGCCGAGGAGAAGAUCGUGUCUACAGCGUUCGAGGCCGAGUCGCAGGUUCUUGUUCUCGGUAGCGAGAGCGGUCGUGUGGCUACAGCUGUCCUUGUCUUCAACCGGUCACACCUCGUCGAUGUCCUUCCGCAGCACUCGUUUGAGGCCCACGCCGGCGGCGUGUCGUCACUUCAGAUUUGCCUCCGCGGCAAGCACCUCCUCAGUUGCGGUUCCGAUGUCACCAUCAGAGCCCAUGUCUUACGGUCGUCAACGCUUGCAUCGUGCUCGGCGGCACUGUCGCGUCUGCGUCGGGCAGAGAUGCGGCGAUGCCGCGAGCACGGCUUCACCAAAGCGAACUACACGCGGAUGGCUCGGCAUGUCGCCGCCGCUACCGAGCUUAAUGCUGCCAAGGAGGACGCAGAGUUUGUGCAGUUUAUGGACGUCGGCUACGCCGCGAUGGAGGAGCAGCUGGCUGCGGACUGGGUAAGCACGCUGUCUCGGCGGCGGCCACUGCUACCCGGUUCGCAGAGUGUACACGGCACCCGGUCGCGCAAGAUUAGCGAGAGUGAUGUUCAUGUUGUCGGUGGCGCGUCGAUCCAUGCUCUUGAUGUGUUCAUGGACCGCGGCUACCGACAGGCGCGUCGCGAGGUCGAAGGCCUCCGUGACGAGUACGUGCGGGAAAUUUCUGCGUUGCUGCUGAGGAUCGAUCUCGAUGCUGAGUCGGGCCUCGAGGCCAACGCCACUCUGCAUCCACCGCGGUCGAUUUUCUUCCACCGCCGCCUCGGCCGUCACUAA